AUGGCGGAAAAACCCUCGUUUUCAACAAAAAAUCCCGAUAAAAAGCCGCCCCUACGGAUUCUUACCCUUGAUGGUGGAGGUGUUCGAGGCUAUUCGAUGCUUAUUUUAAUACAAGAACUUAUGCAUAGAACAUACGUUGAGAUAGAGGGAAAGGCACCGCGUCGAGAUCAAAUACCCAAGCCUGCGGAUCACUUCGAUCUAAUCGUAGGGGCAGGGACUGGCGGUAUGAUUGCUCUAAUGCUUGGAAGGUUACGACUGGAUAUAGAGACGUGUAAAGAGCUUUAUAUUUACACCACUAAAAAGGUUUUCCAAACAGACAAGACUAUUGCAGGUAUACCUUAUAGAUCAACUCUAUUCAAAGCUUCCAAACUAGAAGAAGCUAUUAAGGAAUGUGUUGCAGCUCAUACAGUCUUGGAGCGGGAAGGUAACGAUGGCAAAGAGCGUUUUGAUGCAGAAAAGCACAUGGGCUACCCAUUAACUUGGGGAGCUUCGGGACCAAAACGACAUUCGAGCAAUGGAAGUACAUCAAGCUUCAGCGCGAGAAAAUCUUCUGUGGAUCUUGGUAAAUCACUAGCCUCAAUGGGCUUGGGAGAUCCAGACGCACUAUUUGCUGUAACCGCAGUCUACAAGGGUACACACAAAGGAGGCCCACCAGCACUGCUUCGAUCCUAUGAUUCUCGGAAAGAGCCGUCACCAGAAUCAGAUUGCACUUUAUGGCAAGCAAGCCGAGCUACGGCCGCGACAUCCUUCGCUUUCAAACCCAUUCAGAUUGGGCAAUCAGUCUUCCUUGAUGAGGGAGUGGGCAAGUUCAAUCCUGCAUCGGCAGCUCUUGAUGAGGCUUGCUUAAAUGAGUGGCCGGGUCGAGAGGUGGGAGUUUUUGUCAGUCUUGGAACGGGGAAAAGACCUGCAGGAAGUGACUCUAACUCUCACAUGUGGUAUGAAGGCUUUAUGGGCGAGUUUGCCGAAGCUAGAAGGCGGUUAAUUUCUAAGAUCGAAGGCUGUGAAAAGACACACGAUUAUCUGCAACGAGAAGGCUUAUCUAAGCGUGGAGUUAACGUAGAAAACUACUUCCGACUGAACGUUGAGAUAGGAGUAGGUGAAUUUGGUCUCAAUGAGUGGAAUCGUAUAGCAGAUAUCAGCAACUCAACACGUCGCCAUCUGGGAAAGCCUGAGGUUCAACGCAUGAGCAUAAAAGCAGCCUCAAAGCUAGCUAAGAUUCACAGGGCUCAUCUACGUCUUAGUGAGAAUCGAAACACAAGGAAUUUUGAGGGAAGUCUGUCUGUCCCUGAUGCACGCUCCAAUGCUGUUGAGCUACCUGCCGAUAGUCUCGUGGUUCCAUCUGCGGUUGAUUCUUUUGAGUUAAGCUACAAAAAUCUCAGCGGAAGUCCUUCACCAAGAGUGAACUCUCCUUACAUCUACGAAAGUAAAUCUCGCCACCAAUCUCUCCUGCUAGAACCUAAGAUAGAUAACUCAUCUCGCCAUAAGUCACUUCUAGUGGAAUCUAAGAAAGGAUACCAACCUCAGCAUUCCAUGUCUCGCAGCGAGAGCUUUUUAUUCAGCGAUACAGGUAAAAUUUCUAUUAUGAGCAAUGACGAGAUGUUUAAAUCUAAAGAUCAUCUGCCCACCAGGGUUGAGCCCCCACCUUUACCACCCAAGUUAUUUGUUCAGAAUCCUAGCUACAUGAAUCGACCGCUACCUCCAUAUCCAGUCGAUGAUGAGCCACCUCCCGCAGUAAAUCUAGCGCGAAAGCCAGACUACAAAAUAUCAUUCAUAUAG